UUAACAUUCAGAGGCAAGUACUUUUAUUUUAAAAUAUUUUAAAAGUCACUGGAUAGGCCGCGCUUUGCUCACAGAUGUGCUUGUAAAUUGUCACCUUGAAGAGCAGGCGAUAUACGUAUAUAUCCCUCGACUUGAACUGCACUGCAAGGUGUGAGAAUGCUGCCUGCCUUCACGAGCCUCAGACACUUUGCCACAAACACGAUGAAGAGAGCAGCGUCUGAGUUCAGAAUGACUGUCCCAUGGGGAGAGGUGAGAGGUCAGGUUUGGGGUCCUUCUGAAGGCCGUCCCGUGCUGUGCUUGCACGGUUGGGCUGACAACUGCGGGACAUUCAAUACCCUGAUUCCACUGCUUCCUAAAGACUGGAGAUUCGUAGCCAUUGACUUUCCAGGUCAUGGUCUCUCGUCUCAUAGGCCUGAUGGAUGCUUUUACACCUUCCCUUUGUACGUGGCAGAUGUGCGGCGAGUUGUAGAAGCUCUUCAGUGGAAACGAUUCUCUAUCAUUGGACAUAGUAUGGGUGGGAAUGUGGCAGGACUUUUUAGUGCCUUGUACCCAGAGAUGGUUGAUGCCGUAGUUCUCCUGGAUACAUAUGGAUUCCUCCCAACACAAGUGACUGAUAUGUUUAAGAACAUGAGGAAAGGGAUAAAUGAUCAAAUCCAGUAUGACAACAAGACGGAGGAGAGGAAAGAGAGGGUGUACACAUAUGAGAAAGCCAAAGAAAGGUUGAAGGCUGCAAACCCCUCCCUUUCUGAUCAGUCUGCAGACAUUCUGUUAGAGCGAGCAGUCAGAGAAGUUGAGGGAGGAUUCGUAUUCACCAGAGAUUUCAGGAUCAACCUGAAAAACAUUGCGAAUAAUAACAUGGAACAAUGCCUCCACAUGAUGUCACUAGUUAAAGCCCCAGUGAUGAUACUGCUGGCAAAAGAGGGCCUGUUCAAAACCUUUAUUCUACCUGAUGGAUAUGUUGAUAUGAUUCUGAAGAGCUGGACUGAUCAAAAAGCCACCAUUGUUGAUGUAGAAGGGGAUCAUCAUAUUCACCUCAACAAACCUGAGUCCGUGGCCUCACUAAUCUCUGAUUUUCUUCAGUCACACAGUCCUGACAAACCAGAGAGUGAAUCUAACAAUAACCAGUCUUCCAAAUUAUAGCACACACAUGCUGAUUCAAAUAAUGAAGUAGUCUGUACUGAUUCAAAAUACUCAUACCGUUCACCAGUUCUUGAUAAUGUGAUACUUUAAGCAUCACAAACCUAUUUUUUUUCAUUUACAAAAGGUGUUUUAUUAGAAAAUGUUCAGAACAUUUCCAGUUUAUUGCACUAUCCAUUUGUCUUCCAUUUUUAACAAGAGUUUUAGUCCCUGCUGAUGGAAAUCUCCCUCAUAGAAUGAUGCCGCCACAUUCACACAUCACAGUAUAUGGUGCUUUUUUGAGAUGUGGACCGUGUUAUAUUGGCAAAAUACAAAUGCUGCUGACAAACAUUGAUCAUAGCAUUGGAAAAAAAAAGGUUUUAGUGCUUUAGAGUCCCUUUAUGCAUUACCAGAUUUAAUCUGCUCAAAGAGAAGCUGGCUAUAUGUGAUGCACAUAAAAGGUUUUUGGAAACGUCUGUUAAUGUUAAUAAGUAUUAAUUAAAACAUCUGUUCAUUUUUACUUUUGUUGUGAUGAAGCAAAACUAAAGAUUUAAAGUGUGUAAUUAAAUUGGUUUAAUUUGAAGUUUUUGCCAUUAUUGAGGCAAAUAAUAGGUCUGUAAUUAUACAUUUCCAAAGCUACAGGGGCCAAAAAGUAUUUACACAAUUAAAUCUGAUUACACAUAUGUUGUAAAAUGAGAUUUAAAAAAGCCAUGUUAGUAUAUGAACCAUCUUUAUGAUCCUUUUUGUUAUAUUUACAGCCUCAAUGUUCGAGGGUCACUAUUCAUUAUGUAAAAGAACAGCAUGGACAUUCUGUUAAAUUUCUUCUUUUGUGUUCCACAGAAGAAAGUCAGUCACACAGGUUUAAAAUCAAUGAUAAUUGCCAUGUUCCAGUUUAACAUGAAAUGAUUAGGAAUGUAAGGCCGAGAUGAAAGGGUUACAAAAAAAUUACGUAACUUCUGCUCUGGCCCUUUCCUCGUCAGAGAUGUCUCCAUGGUUACCCCCCUCCCAACUGGAAUGGGAUGGUACAGCUUUGACAAGGAGAGCACGAAAGCAACGGUGCAAGAAAAGCCCUCAUUCCAUAGCAUUGAAUAAAAUAAAAUGUCUUUGUCCACAUAGCUUCCCAGCGGCUUCGUUUUUCAGCGUUUCAAUUAAGACUAUUCUAUCUGCUCAGCCUGGGUUUGAGACUUUAAACCCAAACCUACAGCGCUAGUUCAGAGA